GUCUCGCGCGUUCCGAUCUUGAAAUGAAUCUUAAAAAGCAGUGCUCACGAUAAUUAUUUUGUUUAGUUAAGCUGAAGUUUCUGCGUACCGGGCGCAACAAUAACGCAAAGAAUUGUGGCAGAUAAUUUUAGAGAAGAAAAACUAGAUACAAGAUACCAAAUACGCGCGUUUCUUGGUGUGUAUGUGACUUUUAGUUAUCGCUUUACAGCACUGAUCCAAAGAACAGCUGAGCGGCAAUGCGAACAAUAUGAAUGGCAAAGAACAAGCAGCAGGCCGGGAAUUCAAGCGCAAUUCAAAUGCCUACGCAAGUUUGCCAGUAACAACAUCUAAAGCAAAACGUAAACAACAGCAGCAACACGAACAGCAACAACACCAACAAGAGUCGUUACGCGAGCCAGAACGAUAUGGAUUAUCACACAGCUUAUCCAGCGAAUCGAUGAAACAGGCGUGCGACUAUUACGACGAUGAGCCAAGCGACGACGAUUUGAUUGAGAUACAGCAAACGCCGCAAAGUUUUUAUCAACAACACCAGCUGCAACAUCCGCAUCUCCAUUCGCAUCCAAUUAGCUUUAAGAUGCCACUGUCUUUGGACGAUGAACGAGAUGCAUUCUGUGACGUAAGGCAAGAACCACCCUUGAGCACACCCGUCAAACAGUCAGCGGUUGUGCCGGAUGAAGCGCUAAGUGUGUUAAACGAACUCGAUGCCAUACUUGAUGUGCAUGGCGCAUCGCAGCUCAAUGGCAACAAUUCCACCUGCGACACACCAUCCUCCGAUGAUGACAAGGUCGAGGACUAUCUCAUGGACCUGGACAACUAUCUGGAGGAGCUGGACAAAGAGGAUCCCCUAGCCAUUGCGACUAGCCAGUCAACCUUAACGCGCAAUCCCACACCCACACGCACACGCACCCUGCCCCUGAGUCGCAAGCGCAGGCAGCAUAAGCCGUCGCCAGAGGACGCGCAUCCAGUCGUCGAUGCUGAGUUCCAGCGUGGACAUCAGAUGAGGAAAACCUUUAGCUGCGGCCUAACACCCACAAGCAUCAAUGGUGGCUCGAAUGCAUCACUCGAACCCGGCGCCAAUGGGGCUGCUGAGGUGGACGUUUGGAGGCGGCAAUCGAUGCGACGCGCCAUGGGUAAUGUGGAGGAAACCAAAGCCGGAACAGUGGACGAGAAGGAGCAGGAGCAGGAGCAGGACGAGGAGGAGAUAGCUGAACAGGCGUCGCACUCCAGAGCGUUGCUUGUGCAGCUCUCCAGCUGCGAGCCGUCGACUGACAGCGAAAUGCGACGCAGCUUCUCGCAGGGCGAUUGCCAAGCAGGACAGGAGAUGCUCACCGAGGCGCAGAUAUUUCACAAUCUCUUGCAAAACGAACAGCGCACAGCGCGCGCUGUCAGCGAGCAGCUGGAGCAACGACCACGGCAAUACGGACGCCGUCUCGAAGGGCAUCCGUCCAUGAGUCCGGCACGUGGCAUCGGACUCGUCGCCACGCCGCUUAGUCGCCCGCAGAGUGCGCCCGCGCAAACGCAACAGCCAAGCGAGUUGCGAGAGACGCCCACGCAUGCCAUGAUGUCAACUCUUUGCUCAGAGCUAAGUUCGGCUCGCUCCUCACGCAUACCCAGCCCCGUUUCGCUGGUGAGCAGCAACAGCAGCGGCAGCAGUAGCGACAGCUCCACAGUCAGCACGGCAGCCGACCAGGAUCAGCUGGAACUGGCGCAAACGCAAACAACGAUGUGCAGCGGAAGCAGCGGAGGCAGCAGCACAACGCCAUUGGAGCCGCAGCUGAUGCACGAGAAAUGCGGCUUCAAUAGCCAAUGGCCACAUGCAGCGAGUCGCACGCUCGCGCUGCUGGGCUGCAUUCUGGGCGUGUUCAAUCUGUGCCGGUUUGCAGUGCUCACCAUCAACUAUGGUGGGAACUUUCUACUGCAGUUUCUGCUGCUGUCUAUCAUAUUUGGGAUACCCUUGUUCUGGCUGCAGAUGUGUUUGGGCGCCAAGAUCAAAGCCGGUCCCGUUUCCAUGUGGAAAAUCAGUCCCAUCUGCUCCGGCGUGGGCAUUGCUCUGAUCAUGGUGCAAUGCUUCCUGGCAAUCUAUUCAACUGUCGCGGUCGCCUGGAUACUCGUCUAUCUGCGCGAUGUCUUUCCCUCGCCCAUGUACGCGCACAACGUAUAUCGAUGGCAAGAGCAGCCGUUUCCCUAUCGCUACGAUGCAGCUAACGAUACGGGCAAUCUUACCAAUACGGUGGCCGAGUAUUUCAAUAUCGUGGUGCUGCAGCGCCUGCAUCUGGCCAAGCAUCUAGACGUAGGCGGCAUGCGUUUCCAUGUGAAUGAUCGGCAGCUGGCGGCCUGCUUGGUCCUUAUCUGGGCGGCCGUCUUUCUGAUACUCUGCAAGGGUCUCAAAUCCCUGGGCAAACUGACCUUUCUGACCAACACGUUGCCCUUCAUGGCACUCAUCGCUGUCACUGGCAAAUUCGUCAGCAUUGUGGAUCCAGCUAGUCUACAGAACGUUUUUGCAGCUAGUGAUUUUGAUGACUUUUUGGUAAAUUCGAAUUCAUGGACAGCGGCCACGCAGGAGACGUUUCUUACAUGGGGUCUGCUGGGCGCCUCGGUGAUAGCUAUAACGAGUCGCACCCAUGCGAACGCCAGCAAGUUGACGCUGCGACGCGACGCAAUACUCGUCGUUCUGCUCACGCUGCUCGGCUUGAGUCUGGUGGCGCUUCUGGCGCUCUGCUGCGAGCAGAUACUACGACAACAUGGCUAUGUUUAUGUGCCUGGUUCGUUUGAGACGCCGGAGUCUUAUACGUCCGUGUAUUCGCUGCAGGCGCAUCCCAAUCCGCAGCUGCUGUCCUAUCCUCGUUCGCUGGUGCCGCACUACUCCUCGUUUCUGGGCGAGACCUAUCGCAGAAACAAGACCAUAUUGCACAUAGAGAGCGGGUUUCAGGCGCUGCGCUUCAUUACGGAGUUGCUGCCCGCUGUGCUGUCGCUGGCUAGCGAUGCCGUCUCCUGGGUCUGGGCCGCUGUCACCUUCGGCAUGUUCGCGGGCUUUGGUUUGGCGCAGCUAUGCGUCAUGUGGAAGCCCAUUUCGAGCGCACUGGGCAACUCGACGAGCUCGGUGCUGCUUAGUUGUGUUACUGGAAUGCUGCUGAGCAUUCCGUUUGCUACCGAAAUGGGCAUCCCCAUUUUGUACUAUGUGGACUUUCUGUUGGGCGGCUCUUGGUUUAUACCCAUCAUUUGGGCCGCGCAAAUAUUUGGCGUGUUUCUCAUACGCGGCCGACCCUACAAUGGCGACGAUCUGGUUAAUGAUCUGCACAUGUGCGGCUCCAUGUCUGCAUUCUUGGCGCUCUCCUGGAAUGUGCUGCUGCCGAUUGGCCUGAUUACUCUCUCAGUGAUUGAUUAUAAGGCAUCGCUGUCUAAUCAGUUCUAUUAUUGGCGCGGCAAGUCCUAUUUCAGCUAUUGGAGCCGCAAAAUGGGCAGCCUCAUACAAAUUGGCAUUGUGCUCAUCAUACCCGUAACGGCCAUUGUGCAGAUCUAUCGUUAUCUGACCAACGGUCCCCCAGAUAUACUUGAGCGCAUUCAACACUUGUAUCGCCCGCCCGAGGACGGCGAUACUUUGCGUCGUCCCUCCGCACGUCAGCGUUCAGCCUUGGAGAGACGAAAUGCGUCCGCACAGCAACAGGAUACUGUUCAACAUGAUGCACAAAACGAUGCGCCGCCUAAGUACACGCCUCCACCAUCCUACACUACAGCAACGGGAGCUCGUUUGGCCAAAUUGUUGCGCCAGAGCAUAAGACGCAGUGUGCGAAGAGUCCUCGGCGAUUCAUCUAGUCGCGCACGUCCCAUACUCUCCUUGGAUGCUGAAUCGCCCUCGCCCGUUGCACCGCCAGAUUACCUGACAAUAUUGACAAAUCCUUCGGGCUUGGAUGCCACUGUCGGUCCGCCCACUGAUAGUCACAGCAGUCCGGAGUCCAUUGAGAUUGGGCAGCGGCCAAGUAGCUAUGCGCAGCGGUCACAGUCGCUGGGCCGUAAAAUCCAGAGGGUUGCGCCUGCUUCCGCCUCGGCCUCGGCGACAGCCACUUUGGAGCGUGGCAGCAGUAGCAGCAGCCACGCAGCUCAACGUCCUUAUACGGCUGAGGAUGUGGUGACCAUAUUGCGCUCCUCGGUGCGCCAUCGACCGCCGCCGCGGCAAAGUGUUGGCUCAUUGGCUACGACCCUGCCUCGUCCACCUGCCAUGUCCACGCACCUGGAGGACGCAUCGUUUCGUUCGAUAGAGAAUCUGGUGCUCAAUGCAGAGCCGCCGGACCAAACGCCAGGCGUGGACGUGGGCGUUGGCGUGGGUGUGGGCGAUACGGAACAACAUAAUAAUAAUACAUCUGUGAUUUAAUGACUAAUAUAUAUCGUAUCGUAUCGUAUCGGAUCGUAUCGGAUCGUAUCCUACCGUACAUAUAAUAUAUACUACAUACAUAUACAUAUAGACUAUUCUACUGAGGAUCACAUAUCUGCUUGCUUUCUUAGACUUGAUUAGCGCUAGUUCAAUACGAAUAUUUGUAGCUAUGUCGAAUAAUUAUGUAAUAAUAAAGAACUAAUUAGUAUUUGAUGAUAACGACAACAAACGAAAAUAACAAACAAAAAGUGCAUUUCAAUUUGUUUCUAAAUGCUCUUUUGACCAAGGCAGCAGCCGAGGCGGAGAGAGCGAAGUAGAGUGAGAGAUCGCCAAGCCUGCUAAGCGUUUGAUAUUAGGAAAUGUCGUAGAUACAGCUUAGGCUAAUGCAAAAACG